AUGGGAGAGCUAACUUACUUCCUAGGUCUUCAAAUCAAGCAACUAAAUGAAGACACAUUUGUUUGUCAAGCCAAGUAUUGCAAGCACUUGCUAAAGAGAUUUGGCAUGGUUGAUGCAAAGUCGAUUGAAACUCCGAUGGCUAUGAACGGUAACUUGGAAAGGAACAAAAAUGGUAACGAUGUGGAAGUGAAGAAAUAUAGAGGUAUGAUAGGUUAUCUUCUAUAUCUCACUACAUCUAGGCCAGAUAUCAUGUUUAGUGUCUAUAUGUAUGCUCAAUAUCAAUCGGCCCCUAAGGAAUAUCAUCUCAAAGUCGUCAAAUGUAUUUUUAGGUAUCUUUAUGGUACUUCGAAUUAUGGGCUUUGGUAUUCCAAAGGGAGUGAGUGUAGCUUAGUUGGUUACAUCGAUUACGAUUUUUUCGGUUGUAAGCCGGAUAGGAAAAGCACUAGUGGGACUUGUCACAUAUAUUCAAAUUCCUUAGUUAGUUAG